GUUUUUCUUGUGUUUUUGUGUUUUGAAUUGAACCCAAAGUGACAUUCAUUUGACACCAAAUGUCGGACACGAGUGUCGAUAGUCUUCAGGACUUCUCGAGGGUUCUUCGCCUUCUUCACAGUCGCGCCAAAGACUCGGCCGACAUAUUGAAGGCUAUGUUGGAUGAGGUGCUGAGGAAUAGGUCCCGACAGGACCAAAAGUCUUCAGCGAAACCAUUGAAGGGCAUCGAAACGGCUGUUAUAAAGUCGUCCAUUGAUUACAAAAGGGAUUUCUCGGACACCAAGAGAUUUGACACAAACUUCGAUAAAUACCGAAGCGAGAGUUUUGAGUACCCGUUGGCCUCCAAGAGACAGCGCUUGGAUGCACCGCAACAGACAUCCCGUUCCACCACAUCGUCGCCCACACCCAUCGGCGCUGUCCUUCAAAUGCCACCAAAACUAUCAUCCAUUCAGUUGUCCAGUAAUACUGUGAAUGUGAUCGACGAGUACCAGUUCACUGAAGGCCCGACCACUACCAGCACCGGUAUCUCUACGAUAACAGCGCCCACAGCCAUGAGAGCCACUGAGGAGGACUCGGAGGCCACGGAUAUCGAGGACGAGACCGCAGAUGCCGGAGAGUUUGCGGUGGAAAUGGGUUUGGCGUGCGUUCACUGCAAACAGAUAGACAUCGCACCGGGGAAUCAGUUGGUCGAGUGCCAGGAGUGCCAUAAUCUCUACCAUCAGGAGUGCCACAAACCGCCACUCCUGGACCUCGACGUGUCUGACCCGCGGUUUGUCUGGUAUUGCGCUAAAUGUCAGAAGACUAUGAAGAAAAUUGCUGUAAAACCGGCCAAAAGUAGCGCAAAAGGUCCGCCGCCCGCACCCACUGCCGCACUUCCUGUCCCGCAAUCAAAGGAGUACUCACUUCCCGGCAGUAAAGCGAAUCCAAAGGGCGACAGCGGCUCAGAAUCGACUGCUCCCGCCAUUAGUAGACUUAUUCAGCCCUUUAAACGCGAGCCAAAGGUGUCGAUGACUGGCCAGACAUCCACAGCUACCAGCGCUGGUGCUAAUAGUUCACAGUCGGCUAAACCUAUUGGUUUGGCGGCGUUGGCUAACAUAAGCCGUUCCGCAUCUAUUGGUAGUAAUAGUGGCAAUAACUCUAAGAGUAAGAGUGGAAACAACGGGAACGGCAAUAGUGCCGGUGCUAACCCAUCUCAGGCCACCAGUGGUGCCGGCGUUGAGAAACGACUGCAAAUGCUUAAGAAAAAGUCCAAAAAGUGACACUAAUUUAGCGG